AAUGCUGCCCCAGCUGUUUCCUGUUGAAAAUGUCUGUGUAAUGUAGAUAAAUGUGAGGGAUUUUCUCUCUAAAUCCGUCUCCUGUUCGCUAAAUCUCACUUCUCCAAAACGAGCCUGCGCAAUGGAACAAAGUCGGAAUAUUGAGAUGUGACAUUGCCCGCAUCUCAUCCUCUUUCUCCCCGUUUUUAAUGACUUCAAACAAGUUCAUUUUCGCCGGGCUUUGUCUUGCGGAGACCCGUGGGGAUGUCUAGCGCUCUCUCCUUUCAGUGGCAUUUAUGUGAUGUCUUCAAGAGUGCGAUGUGCUGUAUCUCCUGUAGCCACACCCUCUCACUACUGCUGUGCGUCCUCACCCUGACUCCGACGGCAACAGGGGCGGGACCAGAGACCCUGUGCGGGGCGGAGCUGGUCGACACGCUGCAGUUUGUGUGUGGAGAUAGAGGCUUUUAUUUCAGUAAACCAACAGGCUAUGGCCCCAAUGCACGGCGAUCACGUGGCAUUGUGGACGAGUGCUGCUUCCAAAGCUGUGAGCUGCGGCGCCUGGAGAUGUACUGUGCACCUGCCAAAACUAGCAAGGCUGCUCGCUCUGUGCGUGCACAGCGCCACACAGACAUGCCGAGAGCACCUAAGGUUAGUACCGCAGGGCACAAAGUGGACAAGGGCACAGAGCGUAGGACAGCACAGCAGCCAGACAAGACAAAAAACAAGAAGAGACCUUUACCUGGACAUAGUCAUUCAUCCUUCAAGGAAGUGCAUCAGAAAAACUCAAGUCGAGGCAACACAGGGGGCAGAAAUUACAGAAUGUAGGGAAGGAGCGAAUGGACAAAUGCCCAGCGACUUGGGAAGAGAGAAGGGAGUGGCCUUACCUGGUACCCCUGUGGAAUGGUUCACUGUAAAACAAAACACAGAGGAGGCUAACAAUGGUCCGAAAAGCUCUUCAAAAUGAUUGAAACUUGAGAGCUAAGUGUUGUUUAAGGGUUUGAUGAGGGAUCUUGUGAUUAUUUUAUACACUGCACCAUUCCAUAUGGGGAGGAAUUCUUUGUUAAUGCAAUGUAACAGACUAGUUUAGCUGCUGAGACACGAACAAGAGCUUAUUAUACCUCCAUGUGUGAGCUGCAGCAUCCCCUGGCUCCAGGAAAGGUGGGAACGGAUCUGGGCUUCAGCCAAUCAGAGAGCGGCAGGCUGUGUUUGAGAAUGAGUGGUCCAUCCUGUUCCUUGAACUUUGCGGAGGUAAAUCCUUUUACUCUGAGAGAGUGGAUUAAUUCACUCCUUCGGUAAGACAGGAUACUUUGUCAUUGAUCGCAUAUAACAGUUACUACCCCAGUUAAAAUCUGAUUAUCUCACCUUCAGAGUUUGUUUUUAUGCACCAUGCAUUAUGGAGGAUAUUUUUUAAAAUCAAGGUUCGCUUGAAAGGACAAAGACCACAUGGUUCGUUAUCAGACUUUAAGCAUUGUUGUAGUUAUUUUACCUUGAGCCCAAGUCAAAUCCCUACUUCUCACUGACUGAAGCAGUGUUCUUCUGUCUAAGUGGAGUCCCUUUAAGGUUUGAGUCCAAUCCAAAUCCCUUCUAAGCCUCAGGAAGUGUUGAGAACCUGAGGACUGAGUCUACAAUCCAAACACUUUUAUAACAACAGAUCCGAUCAUUAGAGGGGAUUUUAAGGAAGGAGGGAAAGUAGGUACCUCAAAAACAAGAUUGUUCUUUUGCUUAUUUUCAAAAACAGAGAAUCAAAUUAACCAGAAGCUAAAUUGAAUUAAAGUUUUUUUCCCAGUCAGUGCAUGGUGCUUGUUUGGUUGUCAGAAAUGGGUCAUUCAGUGGAUUCAAAGUGCAUUUGGCACAAGUCAGUGGAAUAAGUCAAAUAGUGACAAUCGGGUAAAAUGUCUGCAUCCUUUUCACAUGUCACCACUGUGGCCAAAUCAGAUUCUUGUCAACAAUCCAGUUAUUGGUGAUCAACAUUUGAGUCUGAGCUGAGGCCUGUGUUCAAGGUUAAGCGCAAGUCAUGAAAGUUUAGUCACAGCAAGUCAGCAAGCGCUCUAAGACACCCACCAGAAUCAACUAGAGUAAAAUCUUUUUCUUGUUCUCUUGAACUAACAAUAUGUUUUCAAAUCUGCCAACAAUAGCCACAUAGAUGGGAAGUUUAAUGAUUGCUCGAUCUUGGCCUGUUAUAUUUUGUUAGUUUAGGGAGGCCGAGAACUUUGCUACUUCAGUUGUCGCACGGACUGCAUUACCUGCCAUCAAUGCUAGAGUUCAACAAAACUCCACAGCAUCCAUGGCAAAGUCCACCAAAGAAACACGCAGAUUACAUGAUUUGGUAAAUAUUGCAAGCCAAAGUGAAAAGUCCUCCUGGAGAUGUGAGAUACGGCACACAUAUAACAGUACACAAACACACAUACAAAGCACCCACAGUGUAGAUGAGAGUUGUGUAACAGUGAGCAAGGGUCAUGCACACACAAACACACACACACAAACACGUGAAAAGCCAGUUCUGAGAAGUCCUUGCAUGAGGACUGAGAGUCAUGGCUGUUUGUUCAAACCUCCAUGUGGAUUUACAGUCAUUUUAUCUCACAAACCACCCACUACAUCUCAUCUCUGGCUCUGCCUCCUCUGCCUGUGUAUAAUCAACAGUACUCCCAUUUAUGUUAACCUAUGCAUUACUAUCAUUCAUUGUACAUGAUGGUUUCAUAUAACAAAACUGUAUUAAGAAUCCUAUCCACUGUAUAAUGGUGCUAUUUUGUAGUUUGUUACUUGCAAGAGAUGGCUAAGAUGGACAGAUGGCAGGGCUUACAUUGGAGGUCUUCCCUUUUGCACAGCCUUGUGGCCACCAUUUUAAUAGUGUUUUUAUUUGUAAGCUGUUUCAAUAAGGUAGUAGUGUAAGCGAGUAAAUGUAUCUGUGUGAAAUCUGUGAAUGCAUGGAGAUAAAAAAAAAAAGAAAAUACCAUGUUGUGGUCCCAAGAAGGCAAAAUGCUAUUUUUUCUACUGUUUUUGAAUUAUUUUCUCAAUAUAGAUCCCUUAUGCCAAAUAACUUGACAAAAGUACUGUGAACUGUGAUUCUUCCAAUUGUAUUGAGAUUGUUAAAAUUCAUGGUGUGCUUUUGUCUGUCCUGAGAUGUGUGUGUACAUGCACUUCACUGGAAGCCAAGGUAUUGACUAUUAAAAACACUUAACGCGAGGCUAUGUAACUUUUGCUGAACAGCGGCCACUGUGGCUAUGAGUGGUACUUACAGGAUAAUGGCAUAUUAAAUUUGCUUUCAUUUCCCAAUAUUCUCUUGACUCAGAUGCUUUAAAGACACCAUUAUGCUUAUCUGUGUCAUGCUAAAAUGUAGUGUAACAGGAGGACAAGUAGAGAGGAGCCAUAAGGUCAGCGAUUAAUGUGGCUGUAGCUUGAUAUUUAGCGUACAGAUAUGAGAGCAUUAUAAAUAUUUUUCAUUUAACUCUUGGCAAGAAUACAAAUAAGCGUAUUUCCCCUAAAUGUUGAACUGUUGCUUAAGUUUGCUAACAUUAGCUAACAUUAGUCUGCAUAAUCUACAGGUCAUACCAGACCAAAUAAGGCUGUAGUGACAAAACCCGAGUGUAUUUAAUUCACUUUUUAUUUGUAAGAGGAAAAAUAUUAUUUCCUUCGAAAGUUACAGAGUCUCGCUUUAAGAAUAAGCCAGGAGUUUAAUUUAUUUUGACUAAACAUUUGUUAGCAGCUCUCUGAAUUAAACUUAUUUUCACUAAUUCAUUUAAAAGUGUGUUUUUAUCUGUAAUGAUCAAGGUUUUAAAAUGGGAAUUUGCAUAUGUGCUUUGGUGUCUAUUGCUUACAAUUUCUCACAUCAGUUGACCUGGCGGCUGAAAUGAAAAAUAAGUUGGUUGGAGAACAGCUCUGGUCCUCCCAGAUCUUCAGAUAUACAAUACAAACCAAAGACUUUUUGAUGAGAAAAAGCCUCACUCAGCAUUAUUAUGUCAUGAAAUAAACCUAUGACCAGAUCAUUAAAUAUCAAUUGAUGCCAUCCUUAUCUGAACUGCACUGCAGCUACAAUACACCCUUCACACACUGUCUCUGGUACCUGAAAUACAGCUUGUGUAAUAGACAGCAAAGUGAGCCAGACAAAAGUCCCUCAGUAAAUCUGGUAUAUUUGGAGCAGCGAUGAAAAAAGCUACAGCAACCAACUUCAAAUCAUGUGACUAUGAAUCAUCUAAACUUUUCUGCUUAUCACUUGUGUGAAAUAUAUCAAUAAAGCCUAAAAUGUGGGAGUUAGUGAAACAUUCACAACUCUGUGAGGUGUUUAAUGAGAAAAUGUAAUUUCUUGAAGCUCACUGUCCAAGAAACUGUUUGAUUACAGCGCUGUUAUUUAUGGUGCUCAAUUGCCUUCUGUAGAAAAAAAAUACUGACAAAUUGUUCACCAUUCCUGCUGAAUAAACCACUUGUCAACAUCA